AAAAAAAGUUUUUCUACAAGCACCGCAAUGGUAACAAUAAUAACAUUUCCGGAAUCGAUUCAGUGGAAUCGUCGUGCGAGUCGCGUAAUCGUGGAGUCGGCGAAGAGUAACAUCCGUCGGCCCACGGAAUAAAGCGAUGUGCACGGGGCGGACGAGACGAGGUGGAGGAGGAGGUGGUGAUGGUGAUGAUGGUGGUGGUGGAAGAGGAGGAUGGGUGAGAGGAGGAGUUCAUGUGAACUUCGCCGGGGGUCUCUGUCUACUCGCGCUCUGCGGGACAGCCCGGGCCGGCAUCCUCUCGGACGACGUGCCAUUCCACAUUACCUGGCCGGGACACGAGCUGACGUUGCCAACGUCAGGUGCGUUGUACCGCGAUGAGGAUUACAUCAUCAUGACGACGCAAGAAAACGAGCGGUACAAGUGCAUGUUGCCGUCGGUGGAGAGGGCAGACCAGGAUGACGAAGAGAUGGGAAAGGCUCCCGACCCAGACGUGCUCUUGGAUCCGUUGUUUAAGCAAAACAGCUGCUCCUAUCGGAUUGAGCCCUACUGGACUUACGAAGUUUGCCAUGGGCGACACGUUCGCCAGUACCACGAGGAGAAAGAGUUUGGGCAGAGAGUGACUGUGCAAGAAUAUUACCUGGGAUACAUUGCCAAACAUGACCCAGAGCUGACAAAAAACACCGAAACACCAAGCAAACAUGAGUAUACAUCAACAAAGAACAAUGAUAUCCCGAUGAAAAACAUCGACGGGCAGAUGACGGCCUACUACCCGGUUGAGAUGGGUGACGGCACGACGUGCGGGCUGCGUGGCGGCGUGCCGCGCCGCGCCUCCGUCCUCUACGUGUGCCACCCCAAUGCGCGCCACGAGGUUCUCUCCGUGGCCGAGGUGACGAGCUGCGAGUACGAGGUGGUCGUGCUCACGCCGCUGCUGUGCCGCCACCCAAAGUACAAGUUCAAGACGACGCCCAUCAAUGACAUUCACUGCCAGUCGUUCCCCGGGUCUCCUGCGCGGCCUCAAAGCCUCGACCGCAUGGAGCAGGAGCAGAAGGAGAGCAGCCUGCCCCGCGACACCUUCCAAAGGACCAGACAGGCCGUGCAGGAGAAAUCUGCCACACCCGACUUGGCGAUUAAGGCGGCUGAGCAGGCCCACAAGCAUCGUGCCACGGCACAGGUUGGCGGGCAGAGGACGAUGACGCUCAUCUCGUCUGUGACCGACGAGCAGCUUCUCCGAGCGUUCCUGGCCGGAUCGCACUGCUUCCACGGGGGCGUCGGGUGGUGGAAGUACGAGUUGUGUUAUGGCAGGCACGUGCAUCAAUACCACGAGGAGAAGGAUGGCACGAGAACGGUCAUCGUGGUCGGCACGUGGAACAAGGAGGAGCACGAGGUCUGGGCCAAGGGAAGCACCCCCCGUGCCUACCAGCGCGCAGCCGACGGCACUCUCAAAAUCAAAUCCGUGUCACAUUUUUAUGGCCAUGGGGAUUUGUGCGACAUUAACGGGAAGCCCAGACAAGUUAUCGUCAAGCUGAAAUGCAAAGAGUCCGAUUCCCCGCACGCAGUCACGGUGUACAUGCUUGAACCCCACAGCUGUCAAUACAUACUCGGGGUGGAAUCAUCCCUGAUGUGUCGCAUUCUAGACUCGGCAGACGACGCUGGACAAUUGUCACUUCCGCCGUGAUCCGGUCGCCCCUGUCCCAGCGUCCGCACGGGAAGCUCACCCACGUUGCCGUGGCCACGUGACCCAUCGUCGUCGUCGCCGCCGCCACCGCCACCUGACCAUCGUUCCAAAGCAGGGGGAACCCCCUCUGCGAGAUUCCCGUUUUAAACGCGUGCCAUGUCCGAUCCAGGCGGCAACGCGAAUGGCUCUCGGUUCUGUUGAAACGGAGGAUGAAGCAGUGCCUCAUGAACUUUGAUCUCUUCACGUGAUGCUCUGUGAUGCUGAAUAAUGUCGAUAUUGGUGUUUUUUUUCUUCUGAAGAGGUACCCAAGGAGAUGCCACGCUGAACAAGACGUGCGGUAGCCGCGGGAAUUUGAGCGGCGUUUCUCUCAGACCUGGGUUAGCGAGCGCUGUUAUUUACUCAGAUGAGUGUGUGCGAGCUAUGUGUAUAUUGAGGAGCCGUACGCAGACGUCUGUAAUUUUUGUUGUUGCUGGUGGGGUUUUUUUCUGCGUAAAAUAUUUUCUCUAAUGGUCUGCGGAAGUGAUGGAAUGUUACCCAUAAUUAGAAUGACCUUGUAAUGAAUAUAGGUAAAUUCUAAUUUGUACUAUAAAUCAUUUCUGCACAAAGUUAUUUUUUUCUGGGAAUAAACUAUAUGCAGCGAUGCUUCAUUGUCAUUGUCUUAAAGCUUUGGAUAGUUGAGAAUUUAUACGUAAACUAAGGAUUUAUUCACGCUAAGCCUUGCGAAGUCUGAACCUAUGUUGUAAUUAAGUUAAGCCAGGGAUAUAUUUAUAUUCCGUUUGUGAGGGAGAACAGAGAAUGAGAGACCAUUGGGUUUUUUUCAGUGUCGAGAUGAACGUCAACCAUCCUUGUGUGGGUGACUUGCCCGUGUACAAAGUGUGAAUGUUCCUGGUUCCUUUGCUGUGCCAAAUAUCUCGAGGCUCACGGUGCCUUUAGAAAACCUCUAGAGGGGUUCUAUAGAGCUUCCCUCUAGUGGAGGGUAUUUUGCGAGCAGUGGCUUCAGAAAUACAUUGCAGGGCUGCACUUUAACUGUUUAUGUGCCCUUGGAAUGUGCAGCGUAUAUUUGCAAAACAUUGUUUUUCCCUUUUUGUGUUUUUGUUACAUUUAAUUUUUGCUGAGUUGCAUGAACAACAUCGUAUUCAUAAUUCGCCAUUCCAAACAAACCAUAACAGGAUAAAAAAAAACUGAAACUUGUGAUGUUCUUUUGCAGAACAUUGUGGGUGAAAUAAAAUGAAACAAGAUAAAAGUCUCUUCACAGUGAGCAUUCCAGCCAAUAUUUAGAGCUGCAUUAUCCAGUAUUUUUUAUGGCAUAAAUUACUCUAUGGUUUAACGAUACGAUUCCUUGACAAAUCGAAUAACUCAAUAAUAUUUUGGGGAAAAGAUGUUUUUUUUACUUGUUCCGCUGGAUGAGAGAAUGAACGGGGCUUAAUGUCACCUGGAUCGUCAACCGAGCCAUGCUGAGCCUGGCUUGUAAGAGGGUUUCCCACCUUCACGAGGAAAGUUGUUGGUAAGACCGCCAUUUUUAAAAUGACCUCGAGUGAUCGACUCCAAAGUGGUCAUUAAUUACGAUUUUUUGUUGAGUAAUCCACCAAAUUGACUCAUCUUUCCAAGCUUUGCUCGUGUUUCGGCUACCCGGAUUAGAAUAAGGCGAGCAGGUUAAGGGCGCAGUCAUUGAACGUAUCCACGACGAUGCAUUGGCCUUCGUGCGUUCCAGGUGAAUGUUUCCUGAGCAUCCUCGGGUGAGUUAAGGGUCUCGUCGGCAAGGUGUGAAUGAUCAAAUCAAUGGAUGGAGGGUGCGGAGGCUGGUCGGAGAGUUAAAUUAUGGGACCUCGUUGGCUUGAGUGGCAGGUUUAGCGCUUGUGCUUUGUGUACAAGAGGAAUUACAGAGAAGCUUGGUCUCGAAUGAAAUACUGGCACUUGACUACUUUGGGAAAUUGGACGAACCCUUUGCAUCAUUUUUACUCUCGACUCAAAUUCACACGAUGGGUUACUACUGGAGCUGUGGUGAUUUUCGCCAUGGUGUUUCGAAUAGUUGUGCUGUUCAGGGCUGUGAUUAGACUGUAAUUGAUAAAUUACUUUUGUUUCGUCA